UCUGUGAACGGUUUGAAAUUCAUCUACAGUAUCAAUUAUUUUUGCAAUGUUCCGCGAGUUUUAUUCGUAUGUCGAUUAUUGAUAUUUGUUCUAUCUCAACUACAUCUUUCAAUAGUCUCUCGUGUGCUGUGCUGUGCUGUGCUGAGGCAGCUGUGACAAGUGACUCAGCCUCUGAGUGCAGUUUACUUAAAUGUGAAAAAGGCAAUAUAUUGGAAAGGAGAAAUUUAAUUUAACAUACUGUAAACAAAGUGUUGCCGCACGUUGAUCAACAAAACUGUAAAAGUAAUAACUGUGCACUGUAAAAAUAAUCAAGAAGAAUGGUAGAACCACAAUUUAAAGAAGUAAAAUUUACCGUGCCCUGGGGUCAUGUUGCUGCUAAAACUUAUGGUCCUUCCGAAGGAAAGCCUGUUCUAAUGGUGCACGGUCGUUUAGAUAACGCAGGAUCGUUUACUAGAUUAAUGAAAUAUUUACCACUAGGUACUUUUUAUUACGUAUGCAUAGACUUACCUGGCCAUGGAUGGUCAUCGCACUUUCCAUCUUGGUUAGCACUGGACUAUCAGAUUUAUAUACACGCAUUAUAUUUUAUCUUAGAAGCACUGGGAUGGAAGAAAUGUAUUUAUAUAGGACACAGUAUGGGCGGACAGAUAGGUUUAAUGUUUAGUGCUCUUCAACCUCACAGAAUUGAGAAAUUAAUUGUUAUCGACUCAUUUCUUGGAAGUUAUAAUCAAAAUCCCGAUUUUAUAAUGCACCUUGCGAAUUCAUUUGCAUACACACUUGGAGCCAGUAGUAACAGUAUAAAACAAGAUGUACUUUACACUAAGGAAGAAAUACUACAUGCUUUGAAAACUCGGAGAAUUUAUACUUUAAAUUCAGAAGCUGCGGAUGCUUUAUUUGAGCGUGCAGUUACAGAAGUAAAUGGAAAGUACAAGUACAACAGGGAUGUAAGAUUAAAGAAUGCAUCAUUUUCAUUUAUAAGAAAUGUCGAUUCCAUAGAAUAUUUUCAUAAACUUUCGGUUCCAAUAUAUCUCUUUAUUGCAUCAAGUGGAAUAUUUUCUUCACAUAUGGAAGAACUCAAAUUAGUAUUAAAUAAAGAAAAUUCUAAACUCAAAUUACAAGCAAUUAAUGUAAAUGGCAAUCAUGAUGUCCAUAAUAAUAAUCCUGAAAAUGUUGGGCCACUUGUAUGUGAGAUAUUGAUUAGUGACUAUUCUAGUAAAUUAUAAAUGUUUAUAUUCUUGGUAUAUUUGAUCAUCUACAUUGUUAGAUUCCUUGACUUUUCAACAACUUUAAAUGGAAAGGGAAAUUAAUUUUUUCUAAGAAGGUGAAGGAUUCUAGAAGAUUCAAACGUGUAAAUAGUUUAAAUACUUAUAGUAUGUAAUUUAUCAAUAUUUAAAGUAUAAUGAAAAUUAAUAAAGAUUAUAUAUUUCUGUUUUCAAUCAACUGUUUUAUAUGUUUGUGUUGUACAUUUUAUUUUGACAUCGAUAUGUAUUGCACUUCUUGAUAAAUACAAAUUUUGUAACAGCAAAA